AUGGCAUCAACAACAUCCGCCUCUUUUCAAGACCCCGAGAUCUCACCUCGACCACCGAUGGGCUUCAACAACUGGGCACGCUUCCAGUGCAAUCUGAACGAGACGCUGUUCACCAGAACUGCUGACGCAAUGGCCGAUAAGGGUCUUCUCGCCGCCGGAUACAACCACAUCAACCUCGACGACUGCUGGCACGUCCAAACUGGCCGCAACGCUAAACAAGAACUUGAAUGGAACUCCACCCUCUUUCCCCACGGCAUGCCCUGGCUCGGAGACUAUCUUCACCAUCGCGGAUUUAAUUUUGGUAUUUACACCAAUGCUGGAAAUAUGACAUGUGGUUGGUACCCUGGAUCCCAAGACCACGAGGAAAUCGACGCAAAGACAUUCGAGCGCUGGGGCGUAGACUACGUCAAAGUAGAUGGGUGCCACAUGGAUCUACAGCACAACCGAACAUACUACGAGGAGUUCGAGUACCGCUACAAGCUUUGGCACGAAGUCCUGACGACUAAGCUCAAGAAACCACUCGUUUUCAGCCAGUCCGCGCCUGCGUACUUCAGCCCCAACUUCCACCUCGACCAGAACAAUACCGACUGGUACCGCACGAUGGACUACAUCCGCUCAACCGGCGAGCUCGCCCGGCACUCCGACGAUAUCAAAGUCUACGGCAACAACCCAACCAAUACGUUCGAGCCUGGCGGCCACUGGGAGUCCAUGAUGAACAACUACAUCAUGGAGGUGCGCCUCUCGCGGUACCAGUCCUGCGGCUUCUUUAACGACCCGGACUUCCUCAUCGUCGAUUGGCCGGACCUCAGCCUCGACGAGAAGAAGACGCACUUCGCGCUGUGGAGCUCCUUCUCCGCGCCGCUCAUCCUCUCCGCGUGGAUCCCGGAUCUAACAAAGGAAGAAGUUGCCUACUUGACCAACAAGGAUAUCAUCGCCGUAGACCAGGACGCCCUCUGCGAACAAGCCACCCUCGUCUCGCAGAACGAAGACGGCGCCAUCGACGUCCUGGCCAAGAACCUCGCGAACGGGGAUCGCCUGCUUACGAUUCUGAACCACGAUAACAAGACGCACACGGCCACCGUAUCGCUCGACCGUCUGGGCAUCGACCCGGAGCAGUCGUACCGCGCGAAGGAUCUCUGGACGGGCAAGACGACCACCGUACGCGAGGAGGUGCGCGUGAAGCUGGCAAAGCAUCAAACGGCUAUCUACCGUCUCUCUGCCGCGGCUUCCAGGAAGGCGCUCAAGGUCACGCCCACGGGGCAGAUCUUCAACACUUUUUCGCUGAACUGUCUUACCGCUCACCAUGGUUCUACUGAAGACUUGGACGUCAUGUUUUCUGCUUGCGAGGGGGACGACAAGCAGGUCUGGCAGGUCUCUUCCGAAGGUCUGGUGAGUUCGUUGGCGUACAGCAAGGUUUGUCUCGCCGUUGAUGGAAGCGAUGUGAGCCUGGAGCGGUGCAAUGCCAAGGCGAAAGGUCAGACGUGGAGCUACGGUAUCAGCGGGAAUCUGGUGAGUAAGGCGAAGGGACUCUGCCUGACCGAGGGCAAUCGCGGGGGCGUCGGUGUGAAGAAGUGCGGGACAGCGCUGGACAGCCAGGUCGUUGCUCUGCCUGGGGGUGUGAAGCUGGACAACCAGACGCCGAAAUUGGAAAGUGCGAGUAAGGAGAACAUGCUGUUUGGUAAAUAG